AUGCCUAUUGAGCUCGAGCCGAUCCCAGCUCCCCAUGCGGAGCUGGUCAACUUCAUUGCCGACCACCCCGACAAGCCUCUCGUCGACAUCAUUAGCCCUUACCGCCGGUAUGAGUCCCAACUCCGUACCGUCUUCGCCCAAGAUCGCCAGGACCCUCGUCUCAAUGACCCAUACGUCAAUGUUCUUCCGCUCUUCACCGAGAAUACCAAGCGCAUCACCACCCGCGCCAGGAACCUCGCCGAGGAAUCCGAAACGGAAAAGGACAGGUACAUCAUGGCUCUCCCCGAUGACAAGCGACGCGCCCACGGUUCUCCCGCCACCGUCUCCUCUUUGAAGGAGUUCCAAAAGAACUUUGGCAUAUUUUCCGAGAACUCGCUCGCCGACAUGGACUGGAAUAACGUCGUGGCGGCCGGCUCCUCCGUUGUCAAUUGUCUUCUUCCCGUCCCCACCGAGUUUAACACUACCAAGCGAAAGCUCCGUGAAUACUACCAUGAAAGAUUCUGCCCCGCCUCCGAUGUUGAUCUGUUUCUGUACGGCCUGAACGAGGAGGAGGCCCUCGAGAAGAUCAAGCAAAUCGAGCAGGCCGUCCGCGACGCCAUCCUUACCGAAGUAACCGUUGUUCGUACCAAGUACGCCGUCACGAUUGCGUCCCAAUAUCCUACUCGGCAUAUUCAGGUCGUUUUGCGCUCUUACAAGUCCAUUAGUGAAAUUUUGACUGGUUUCGACAUCGACGCUGCUGGCGGUGCGUAUGACGGAAACCAAGUCUAUGUUACUCCCCGAGCUCUCGGGAGCUUCAUCAGCCAGAUCAACCAUAUCGAUCUCUCCAGGCGAAGCCCUUCUUAUGAAAACCGUCUGUCCAAGUAUUCCCACCGCAACUUUGAGGUGUACUGGCCCGAUCUCGACCGCUCCAAGAUUGAUCCCACCAUUUUCGAGCGCAGUUUUGGUCGCACCCUAGGCUUGGCCCGUCUCCUCGUUCUCGAGCGCCUUCCCACUUCCAGUUCCCGCGAGACAUAUCUCAACAAGCGCCGUGAGGAGCGUGGCCGCCCUGCUCUUUUCUACACACGUAUGCGUCUUCGGGGCAAUAUCAAGGACAACCAUGAGGAUGAAGUUGCCGACUGGGUCGACGAGACCGAUGUUUCCAACUACCACACCUUCACUGUACCUUAUGGCCAGCACUUCCAUGCGAAAAAGAUUGAGAAACUAUGCUACACCCGUGAUCUUCUCCUCAAUGCUGAGUGGAAUCAGCACAAGAACCGAGAGGUGUACCUCCACCGACAUCCCGCCUUCUUUGGUCGCGUACAGGAUGUCAUUGAAGAUUGCUGCGGCACAUGUCCUCAGCCUGUGACUCCGGAAGAGAUCGAGAUUGCGAAGAAGGAAAGUGAAAUUUAUAUCUCGGGCAAGAUCAAGCUGUUGAUUGAUGACCCCGGCCGUCAGCAAAUCGGCUCCUUCAACCCUCUCACCGACGACGACUGGACUGACAUGGCCUACGUUGGAAACACUGCCCGCCUUUGCCAAUCCAUUGUUGAUUCCGACCUCGAUGAGGUCUUGGCCUGGCUCUCCCAGCCAUGUGCGGACGUCAACCGCCGCGACUAUACCGGAAGGACCCCUCUCCACCUCGCCGUGGCAAGCUCCUCUCCCGAGAUUGUCAAGGCCCUCGUCCACCACGGCGCCCGCCUCACUGCCCGUUUGGCCGACGGCAAGCUGCCCUCCACCUCGCGGCCGAGCGCGGAUGCUAAGCGCAAGGCCCUCCGCGACGAGGGUAAAGAGGAAAAGAAGGAGCCUGCCAAGCCCGCCAAGCCCGAGUCGGAGUCGGACGAGAGCAGUGAUGAGGAAGAGGACUCGGAAGAGGACCUGGACAUGCUCGAAGAUGCUGCGUCGGACGAUGAUGGUGCGCACUCCUUUGCGACUGGCUCUUUUGUCAAUGUCAAGAACGACGCCGAGGUCGACCACAUCAAGCAGCUCGAGGAGGGCAACGACGACGAACCCGACUUUUACAAGAUCGAUGUCCUCGCCUGGGACUCCCCUGCUCGCCUUUGCACCUCGCCAUUGCACACGGCCAUGAAGAAGUCGUCAAGGCGCUUUGCGAUUAUGGUGGCCAAGUCUAUGGCUAAGCUUCUGCUCAGCCUUGGCGCAACCUCGUCGCAAGCCGACCUCAACGGCUGCACGGUGUUCCAUCGUUAUGUCGAUUCGGGAGAAAUGGAGAUGAUUGAUACCCUGUGGGAGAAUGACAAGACCGGCGUCAAGACCUCCAUCAACCACUUGGUAAUUGGGUCGAAUUACUGGAACCCCAGCGCCAUCGCGCCCCUUCACCUCGCCAUUGCCAAUGGCGACUCAACCUUUGUGCUCAGGCUUUUGGAAGCUGGCGCCAACCCGCAAAUCGAUUUUGAGACCUGGCUCAAGGCGGCCAAGUUCUCCUCGAGGGGCACGAUCCAGCCUCUGAUUGCGGCCCUUCAGCACUGCACGGAUCCCGAGACGGCCAUCCACCUCCUCGAGAGGGGCGCCGAUCCCAACGCUUUGCCCACCACUACCCGCAAUAUCAUCAAGAAUGAGUGGAACCGCCGCUAUACCAAGGGCGAGAGCGCCCUCGACAUUGUCAGGUCCUAUAUCACGGGCCUCCGUGAGUAUAAGCCGCCCAUCUUGGACGGAAAGAAGCCGACCCUCACUCCCGGAAUUGACGAAUACCUCGACAACUUCAUGGAUGGAACGUACCAAUACUGCGUCGUCUCGGCCAAGGUCCGCUCCGUCAAGGAGACGUAUAAGAAUGCCGUGAAAGCCUACGAAAGGGAUAGCUGCAAGGUCCACUCUUCCAAGAAGCGCGAACAGUAUGCGCAGCGCCAGCAGGCCGUUCAGGAGGCAAUUGCGGGCUACGAGAAGCUUGAAAAGGUCCUUAUCGAAAAGGGCGGCAAAACCUUUGCGGAGCUUUAUCCCGAGAUCGUCAAGGAGCACCCUGGCCUCUAUCCCUUCUCGUACGAUUUCCGGUUUUCCAACGUGACCGACGUCACCGAGGCCAGAAAGGUUGCGUAUAUUCAGCUAUUCGAAGCUGCCUGGAGGGGUGACCUGGAGAAGAUAAAGUCUCUUACCAUGCAGUCUUGGGAUGAGGAGCAGACGGAGCCUCCGCUGAAGAUCUCGGUGACGGACGCCGUCUCCAACUCGCCCUUCUCCCUUGCCUUCCUGUUCGGACAUUAUGACGUCGCCUGGGGAAUUGCCGAGAUUGCUCAGGCCCAGUAUGCGCCUGACGAGGAGGAGAAGCGCUAUGAAAUCAAGCAUGAUGAGGACGAAGGCUACACCGACGACGACGACUCGGACGCCUGCAGUGAUGACGGGGACGAGCCCAAGAUCGUGUCCAAGGCGGUCGACAAGAAGUUUACCAUUGAAAACAUUGGGCAAAUAUCGAUGCAAGUCAAGUCCAAGACCAAGGCUUUGGACAUGGUGAACUGGGUCGUCAAUACCUUUGUGCUCAAGGAUGGCCAGCUGGACCACGAGUCGGCCAACUAUGCCAACGAGACCAUUCUCGAUUUCCUGCUAAAGAAGUGUACGGACGAAAGCGUGUUCAAGCGUUUCAUUGAUCUUAUUAUCCACUUUGGCAGGAAGAGCUUUGACAAGUCCAAGAGCGAUGAAGGCGGGUACAGCUUCCCCGAGGACGUCUUCCAAAAGCUCGUGGAGAAGGGCAAGGUGGGAGCCCUCGCUGAGGUCAUCAGGAAGACUGGAGCUGGCAUUCCGUUGGACCACCUCGUGAAGAGGACCGGCGUUGAAGUCAAGGAGAAGCCCCGGUUCUACCAGGGCCUUAGCGUCUACGGCAAGAAGAGAAAGGACUGGGCCAACGCCGGCCGAAACAUGUACGUCAAGCCGAUCGGGCUGCAAUCGCCACCCUUGCUCUACGCCGCGCUCGGUGGGAACUUGGAGUCGGUCGAGUGGUUCUUGACGGAAACCCCUCUCCGCCUCUAUACCGAGUUUAGCCAGUCCAAGGCUGCCCAAGAGGAUAGCCGCUUCAAGCACCUUACCACGACUGGGGGCUUCGAGGGUCUCGUUUCAAAGUGGCUUGGAAACCAGAAUGAGCUUGUGCUUUACUGUGCGAUUCUCGCGCCGGAAACCGAGCAAGGCCUGAAGCUUGUGAAAUAUCUUAUCAAAGGCUGCCCCACGGCGCUUGAAGCUAAAGACUCUGACAACAACACCCCCUUGCUUGCUGCUGCGCUUCAGGGACAUGUUGAGUAUUGUAAACUUUUGAUUCGAGGCGGUGCGGAUCAAUCAGUUCGAAACAAGUCUGGCGACAACGUUAUCCAUUGCGCUCUCAAGAGGGGACCCAAGGCGGCACAGCUUAAGCCUCUCCUCGAAGCGCUGGACAAGGGUCUUCUAGAGCAUCUCUUGAAGCAGCGCUGCACCCUCGAACAGGGCGGGCACACGCCCCUCCACGCGUACAUUAAUGAGCUCACCACGGACGAUUACCGGUGGCAGCCCUCACCCAAAAACCAUUCGGCGAAGCAAGGCACAGAGGUGGUGCAGCUGCUUCUCCACUAUAGUAAGGGCGCCGAGCUCGAGUUGCUCAGUGCAUCGGGCGAUUCGUGCCUCCAUACGGCGGUUUUGAGAUCGUUCUCGUGGCUCACGGGGCUCCUGCUCAGCGUACGACCCAAGCUCCUGUAUCGGGAGAACGCGGUCGGAAGGACGCCCGGGGAGAUGGCGCGAGAUAAGAUCAUGGCCAAGAUUCUCAAGCAGCCUUCCCAGCUGCAGGUGUCGAACAGCAACCGAACGGGAGCCUGGGUUGCCGAAACCAUUGCUCAAAAGGCGGAGCAAAAGGAGAAAACCAAGACUUCGGAGCCUAACAUGGACAAGGUGUGGGAGAUUUGCUCGGCAGUCGCCGCCAAGUACCCCGACAAGCGAAGGAUCGUUAGCCUGAACGAGGCGAGCGACGUGGCUAAGAGGCUGGGAGAGGCUCAUACCUCGUCGAGGUACUUUACCAUUGCGCCCAAGGCGGAGGAGGAUGAGGAAGACGAGGCCGAGGACGAGAACAAGGACGAGAACAAGGCAGAGGCGACACAGACCGGCUUUGUUACUGCCCAGGCCAACCAAAGGGUACAUUCAUCGUGGAAGUCGCCAGAUGAAGAGAAGCGAUUGCGGGAGAAGAAGGAGGCGAACCGGGGUGCGCCUUGCGAGGGCUGUGGCCACUGGCACGAAGAGCCGGCGUCGUCAGAUGAAGAAGGGUCGAGCGAAGACGACGACGACGAAGAUUCCGAGGAUGAGGACGACGACUAG